AAGAAAUAAAAGGUCGAUUUAUUUUAAUUUAUUUUUGUUUCUGGUGUUGCUAAACUGCGGCAUGACAACGCCGAAAAGAAGUUUGCGCAAGAUCAUCCUCCUUGGAGACAGUGGGGUGGGAAAGACAUCUUUGAUGAAUCAAUACAUAACCAAAAAAUUCAGACCACAGUACAAAUCAACAAUUGGUGCUGAUUUUGUGACAAAAGAAGUGCAUAUUGGUGACAAAUUGGUCACUUUGCAAAUAUGGGAUACAGCUGGACAAGAAAGAUUUCAGAGCUUAGGAGUUGCAUUCUACAGAGGAGCUGAUUGUUGCAUUCUUGUUUAUGAUGUUAAUGUACUUAAAUCAUUUGAGACAAUUCAAAAUUGGCAUCAAGAUUUUCUCAAACAGGUAAAUCCAUCGAACCCCGAGACAUUCCCGUUUGUGCUGAUUGGAAACAAGGUGGAUGUUGACGGUGGUAACAGCCGCGUGGUGGAUAAAACAAGAGCUGAAAAUUGGUGUAAAUCAAAAGGGGAUAUACCUUACUUUGAGACAUCUGCUAAAGAAGAUUACAAUGUAGAUGCUGCUUUCUUGCGUGUUGCACAAAUUUCACUUGCCUCUCAACCACUUAACAUUUGGCCACUAGAAGAAGAAAUGCCAUCCCAUUGUGAUCUUCAAAGAAUGCCGGAAUCAAUUUCUGGUAGUGAUCAGGUGCCUAGAGGAGGAGGAUGUGCAUGCUGAUUAUAUAUAUAUAUAUAUAU